AUGGAAGACACAUGGGGAAAAUUUCUUCUUAACAUGGAAUUGGAUUGCGGUGAUGAUUACUUCAUAGACAACUUGGACUUGGACACCAUUAACAUUGACAGUGAUGACUUUCUUAGAGAGGUUCUGUUAGAAACACCACAAAGUUUAAACUAUUCUGAAAGUGAAAAUGAUUCAGUUACCAUUGACAUUAACGGCGGUGUUGACGUUGUUAAUAACAUGGUAAAAAGUAUGAGUUCAGAUUCAGUAGUGUCUGAACAACAACACCAACAAGAACAAUCUAAAAAUGUCGGUGGUCGAAGUAGUGUACCAAAGACAUUCAUUUUGUCUUUUGAUAACUCAACUAUAAUACCUGCUACACCUCAACCAGCAUGUGUCAAUUUGGAUGCUAAACAUGGUUCUAAGAAGAAACGGAACCGUGAAAGUAGUGAAAAGAGUGAAAUGAUGAAAAGGAACGAAGAAAAAGUAGUCAAGAGAAGUAGAAGCAGUUCUCAGUGCAAUGAUCACAUAAUGGCAGAGAGAAAACGGAGACAAGAAUUGACUGAGAGAUUCAUCGCACUUUCAGCAACCAUUCCCGGAUUGAGCAAGACAGACAAAGCUUCCGUACUUCAAGCAGCAAUUGAUUAUGUAAAACAUCUUCAACAACGUGUUGAUGAUCUAGAGAAACAAGACAAAAACGUUGGUGUCACGUCAAUGAUGGUCCUCAACAAACCUAAUCCAUCUAGAAUUAUUAAGAAUAAUGAAGACAAAAUUUUUGGUCAAACAAGUAGUGAUGAUGAUAAUGAUAAUGAUGAUGAUUUUAACAAUAAUAUAAUCCCAGAGAUUGAAGCAAGAGUUAUGGGAAAGGAAGUGCUUAUUGAAAUUCAUUGUGAGAAACAAAUUGGAAUUGAGCUUAGAGUACUUAAACACAUCGAAAAUCUUAAGCUUUUUGUUACUGGUAGCAGUGUCUUGCCAUUUGGAAAAUCAGAUCUUUUCAUUACUAUUAUUGCUCAGAUGGAUGAGGGAUACAAAGUGACAGUGAAUGAUUUAGUGCAAAGUCUUAGACAAAUGCUUUUGAAGCCUCAAAUGGGAUGUGAAAAUGAUCUGUUCUAG